UUUUGCAACCAAGUUUGAUUGGAUGAUGUUAAUUUUCCCGCGAAAAAGUCAGACGAACGUUACGUUUUCUGGAGAAAAAUAAGUUGUUUACAAUCUUAGUGAAGAAGAAAUCUGGACUACUAGAUCGAAGAAUAAAGACAUUGGCACAAGAUGUCUUUCCAACCUGAAAAGAGAAAAUCCUUAUCAGAUAGGUUUGGUUGUAUACCAUCAGUAGGUCAUGGCCAGCAGAAUGACAGUCAGAAUUUUUCUAAAAGUUGGAAAGGCUCAGGACAAAAAAAUAGUUCCUUUACAAGCAGUUAUUCUAGAAAUGAAAAGAAAGAUCCUAAAAAUACUCUUACAGUUUGUUUGAAAGUUAAUCGUCAGAAUAAAGAUAACAGUUAUGUGAAUCGUCCAUGUCAACCUCUACGUAUGGAAUGUCGUGACAAACCAUCGGAAAUAGCGAAACAGUUUUCAAGAAAUGGAUCUCAGGACAGUAAAGAAAACAGUGUCAACUUCAACCACGGUUAUGGACGUCAAGUUGCUGUCAAAGACACUUGUGUCAACGGAGAGUUGAGAAACAGUCAUGACCAGUCUCUAAGGCAUGAAAUUGGAAUAACAAGUCAAACCUUACCGCUAAAUCGGAUAGACUAUAAUCAUUCUUCGAGGGAAGCUUCUGCCUUGUUAAAAACUCCUCCCAAAUUUGAUGGAAAUAACUCAAUAUUCACGACAAGAACUUCACCUCAAUUUGUUGGUAAUUAUUCAAAAGGUUCUGCUUUCCAAAAUGAAAGAUAUAAUCCGUUAGAGCAAAGAGGUAUUACAAACAUUGAUAGAAAUGCUCCAGUAAUAAAUUCUUAUAGACAAGGUGGAUAUUGUAAUCAGUUUCCAGGGCAGGUAGCAACUGUACCACCUUCAAGUAUGAAUAGAAAGUCUCCCUACUUAGAAAGAUCUAACAACAUGAACAAUACUGUUAAUAACAUUGACACAAAUAGAGCAAUGUUUAACACUAGUCCACAAUUUUCUGGCAAUUUCAAUAGUACAAGACAAACGGCACCUAAUGAGACACAGUUACAAAAUAGCCAUGCUGGUUCACAAUUCAACAGCAGUCCUCGAUUCAUCCAAACUACACCAUCUCAAGUGAGCAAUCAAGGGUUCGCAUUGCAACAACCACCACAUAUAACAUCUCAAAUGUGCACUAAAGGAUAUGCACAACAUACACAGCCUCCAACGAGCAUUCAAGGGAAUGCUCAGCAACCAGCGCAACAUACACAGCCUCAAACAGGCAAUCAGAGGAAUGGUCAGCAACAACCACAACAUACACAGCCUCAAACAGGCAAUCAGAGCUUUGCUCCACACCAACCCCAACCUUUCAUCAACAGCAACAUAAGAGAUCCAAGGAGUCCAGGAUUUUUACAAAAUGAUCUUUGUAAUGCCAGAUCUUUUCAGUAUGCUCCUGAAAAUCAUGGGUUUUAUGGAAAUGAGUUGACACCAAACUAUUCAGGUCAAAAUAAAAGUCCAGUGGACAGGAAUAAGAAUUUUAUAAAUAAUGGCAACUUUAACCAGCAUAAUGAAAAGGCAGUGCCAUAUGAACCAUUUGGAUUGAUCAACAUUGUAACACCCGAGAAAACACCUUUUCAGGUCAACAAAGUCCCUAUUGGCUCUAAACAACAUACAUUUAUUCCUCCAGGGCAACAGCAAAUGAUACCUGCAGUUUGUGUAAAUAGGUCAUGUAAUAGUCCCAACAGUCCUACGUUUAGUUCAGACAGUGAAAUGUCUCUUGAUUCUAAUGUUGUAAGUGAAUCGUCAAGCCAAGGUUUAAAAGAGAAAAUCAAGCCAACCGGGUUUUAUAAUGAUGUAGAAGAGUUGACAAAAAAGUUUUUUGGAAAAUGUGAAAAAUUAACAAAAACCUCGGAAGAUAAGAAAACAUUGGAGAAGAUUAAUACUCAACUCCAUACAGAAAUUAUAACUGCUUUAAAUAGUUGUAACCAAAAUACCAUAUCUCCAGAUGCUUCACAGAUUGCAGAAGAAAUAGACCAGACUAAAAAUAAAACAUGCCAACAAGAUGGGAUGUCUCCAAAAUUGGUCAUUGAUGAAAGUAAAAAAGAAGGGGAAGAUAGUGAACAGGAGAGGUUUGAAGGGAGGACACUGCUAAAAGGUGGUGUGAAACCCAGACACGUUCCAAAAAUGUUGAUUGACAAGCCAGGUCAGGGUCCACCAAAUGACAGAAGAACAGUUUAUAUGACUUGUAGAAAUUUAUUGGAAUUGCCAUUGCCAAAGUGGGCGGCUGAAGCUCUUGGAAAAAAUGUUUUGGAACAUGAUAUAACAAAUGGACAUAAUAAAGAAAGUAAACCCUCCAAGACUAAAAAUGAGAAAACAAAAAAAGAACUAGUAGUAACAAAUAAACUUGAGAAAAGGUUAACAGAAAUAUUUAAUGUUAAAGAUGGGGACAAAAAAGGUAUUGAAACAAAGGUGAAUCAGAAAUCUGAGAAUUUGAAGGAUCAGAAAAAAUUGCCCAACACAAGAAAAAUAACAGAUUCAAAAGAUGUGAAAAAAUCUUCAGACCAAACAAAGAAAAUUCAGCCAUCUAAAGAUUCAAAGAGGUCUGUAUCAAAUGGAAAUUAUAAAUCCAAUAAGAAAGUAAAAACAAGUGAUAAAGUGGAUUUAACCCUAGGGGGAACUCUACUUGCUAAACAGAUGGAAAGCAAUACAGUUAAGCAAAAACCAGUACAAAAAGAAACAGUUAAUAUUUCCACUUCAUCCAGUUAUGCCAGUAAGAAUGGUUCUAGAGAUAACUCAAGAUCAAGAGAUAAUUCAAGGUCAAGAGAUAAUUCAAAGUCUAGGAUUUCAAGGUCGAGAGAAAGUUCAAGGUCCCGUAAUAGGUCAAGAUCAAGAGACAGACAUUCAUGGAAAACAAACAAAUAUUCAGAUUCACAAUACAAACGUACAGAACAAAACAGUUACAGAUCAAGGUCACGUGAUGUUCGUAAUCGUUCACCUUUAAUCAGUGGAAAAAAAUCUAAUGCCAAGCAUGGACUUGACAGAGCAGUUGAAAAUGUAACGGCAACUAUUAAAAGUAUUAUUGGCAAAGACUUAAACUGGCCUUAUAAUGAAAGUGACAAUAAAAGUUUUGAUAUGUAUGAUUUCAGGGGACGUGAUGAUAUUGGUAGCUAGAAUGAUAAACAAACUACU